UUCAUUUCUACAUACAUACAUACAUAUGUACUUUCUUGCUGCCUGCCAUUCAGUUUCGAUUUGCCAGUGACGAGUUCAGUUUUGUGUGUUUUAUCAACGGUUGUGCUUUCUGUAAAAAUGGGACGUAUAAGGCAAUUCAAUUUGUACAAUUAUAUUUCCUAUGAUUCGAAAAGAAAUGUAUCGGUUUGUUUUCUGUGUGGAAGAACUCUUGCUGGAAAAAAAUUCAGCAAUAUAAAGCGCCAUUAUUUGGGUGUGCACGGGACACAAUUGCCUGAAUUACCAGACAGCGAUUUGACAAGCAGCAGUAGCAAUGCCCCUACAACAACAACAAGCAGCAGCACAACUAUAGCAUCGCAAGAGCUGAGUAACCGGUUUACUAUAUCGAUGACAAAGGCCGAUUUUAUUACGUGCUGUGUCGGACUGGUUACCGUAAAAAAGUUGCCGUUCCGAAUUUUCGAUGACGAAAAACAUUUCAAGAAGCUAAUGCGUCCCUACGAAGAGUAUUUCAAAAUUAAAGUCGACUCGAAGAAUAUAGCAGACGAAGUGAAUACUUUGGGCUACAAAAUAAGGCAAAACAUAGCACAAGCAGUGCAUAAGAAAAUGAUAAGCGUAAAAUUUGACUUCGUCAGCCGUAUGGGGCAAAACAUACUCGUCGUACACAUCCAAUACAUGGCGGACUCAAAUCUAGUGACCUGCACGAUUGGCGUGAUUCCUUUGGAGCGCGAGUGCACUUCGAGUUUCCUCUGUGAAGAAAUAUGUAAUUGUUUGACCGAAUUCAAUAUUGAUACCGCUCAAGUGUAUGCGUGCGUAUCGGAUAAUGGUGCAAAUUUUAAGGAGAGCACGAAUUCGCACGCGGAGCAAGCAGAAGAAUUGUGUCUGCUGGAUGAAGAGUCAAACAUUGAUGAUGAGUACUAUUUGGAGGUACACACUGCACUGGAAUGCGGUUUCGAAACGAUUCGCUGCUUUGUGCAUACAAUACAACUUGUUUCUCAAGAUGUUUCGGAGGCUAUAGAGCCACAAGUUGAUGAAUGCAGGCAGAUAAUAGAAUUUCUACGCAAAACGCACCCAAGUUUGCGGAUUCCAAUGUUGGACUAUGACUCAAGCUGGAUAUCGACAUUCGAGAUGUUAAACAACCUAAAUAACCUCAAAAGUUGUAUACAAGUGGAAAGCAUUACGGAUUCUGUUGUGCCGGAAGUGGACUGGCAUUUUCUGAGCACCUACCUGGAAGCAUUCAAGCCUCUGCGGAAUUGUUCGAGCAAGCUACAGAGUGAGCAGUAUAUUGUUGGCGACUUCUAUAGAGAUUUGAUGUGCUGCGAAUUGGAAUUGGAUGAACUCAUGCAAAACGGUAAUUUCUAUGCGCAAUUGUUAACAGAGGCGUUGAAGAAUAGAAAAGAAGAACUCUUGAAUAAGGAAGCUUUUCUAGCAGCGCUUUAUGUGGAUCCCCGUUUUAAUUUUAUUGGCUCGCCGUUUUUAACAGACGAUAAGAAACAGAUUGCAGCGAAACAUCUAUUAAAAACUUAUGGCACUAUUGAAAGUUUUACCACCACCGUUGUUGAUGAUAAGAGCAACGCUUACGUAGUACCUCAACAGAUGACUACUGAUUCAUCAGGCCCAUAUUUAAAAUUGGAACAGAAAAUGAGUUUAUUAAUCGAAAAAAGUUAUAAGUCCGAUAUAACAAUGGAAGAAAAACUGACGAGUUUUUGCGUUGCCGAACGAUUGCCGUUUGAAGCAAACAUUCUGGAGUACUGGCGUAGCAAAAAAUACAAAGAUUUGGAGUUGGGAAAAUUGGUCGAUGCUGUUUUGUCAAUUCCAACCACACAAUACUCGGCUGGCAGGGCACUUAAAGCCCUCUCAAUGAUUUCAGAAAAUAGACAACAGAGUCUAUCUAAAGAUACGCUGAAGAAUUUAUUGCUUAUUAACCUUAAUAAUACGUUAGUUUAGAACUUAGUUAUAAGAUUAAAUCAGACUUGUGCCGAUUUAAGCACUUUGUAGAAAGCUUUAAAUGUCUAAGUUAUAUUAUAUUUUAUAUGUUUAGUAUACUACAAAUAUAUGUACAUAAAUAUAUAACUUUUCGAGGAAUAUUACUUAUAUUCUAUGUACUUUUAGUUUAUGAUUUGUGAUAAGAUUUGGUACCCAUUUUUUGUUUUUUUCUUUUUGCUUUGUUAAUGUGUAGUACAAAUAAUGAAAUACCAUUUCUAUUCAAUUAUUUUUAUCUCGAGCCGAAAUACACUGACAGUAAUUUGAAUAGCAAACCCUUUUAAUUUUCAGUAUGUACAUUUUUACUUUAGUUUAUUUAAUUUUCAUACAUUCAAAAAAAAAUGUAGCUUAUUCUACCUAUAAAUCCGAUUUUAAAAUUUUAUACAAACUAAAAAUAAAAUGUCAUGCUUUUUAAAUGACCUGCAGUGUAUAAGUUAAUAAUAUUUUGUUUAGAAAAAGUUCGGGUAUACAGUUUGUAGUCCAUUCAAUUCUAGUAUAAAAACAGUGUAAUGACAGUGUCAUGCAUUUUCUUCCAUACAAAGUCUGCUCGACAUAAUAAUUUUUACCUGGAAGAAAAUGCGUAUCACCGUCAACAAAAAAAAAUAAAUAAAUAAAUAAAUGGUAUUUUGUAGCUACUUGAAGCUUGCACUGCAUUUCGAAAAAUAUUAUUAACUCAUGCACUGCAGGCCAUUUUUUUUUAAAUUUGUAUAAAUUUUUAUAAUCGGAUUUAUUGGUAGAAUAAGCUUUGGUGCCAUAUUUUUUUUAGUUUGUAGAGAAUUUUAAAAUCAAUAUUUAUAAAAGAACUAUUGAAUAUGAACAAACAAAAGGAAAGCUGUCCAUACUGAGGAUCAAAAGGGUGUGCUAUUCAAAUGACUGGGAGCUCAUAUAGAUUCUUUAAUUUUAACUAUGUAGCUAGUUAUGUAAGCAGAAGAGAUGUUAAAAUACAAAUAAAUGAAUCUAUUAUUGUUUCGAUUUGAACAGUAUAAAUUAAAAAGGUCGUUGGCACUAAUUUGGCUGAUUCUCUCUAUAUUCUAAUCGUAGUUUUAAGCUGUUGUGAAUUAAAUGAAAGAUUUUAAGUAAGAUUUUAAAUGGCUUUAGCGUGUUUUCAAUUUUUUUCAACAAGAUGUUUGUUAUAAGGGAUUCCUUUACCUGUGCGAUUAUGUUUUUAGGAGAAAUUUAGCAAAAUAGCUUAAAAAAUUCAAAGGAACACUCUAAGGCCGAGGCCACGCAAUGAGCGGCUUUUAUUCCUGAGCGCCGCCUCCCAUCCAUUCAAAAAUUCCGCAGGCAUGGCCACUGCAAUAGGAGGUAUAUCAAUGGCCACAUUAUACGUAUGGCGACUGGUGUCUAGGUGCUGGUCUAGUAGCCUUGGCUACCAGUAUCGUACUUUGUAUCAUGUAUAGCGAUUAAUCUCAGUAAACAGAAAAACGCAGACACAUCCGAAUUUACUUUUUUGACAUGUACAUUUCGAAGUAGAUAAUUGGCAACUUUGCUCCAAUGGGUUUAACAAUUUAUGUAAACAAAUAACAAUAUCGUCGUAAUAAAACUAUAAAUAAAAAAUUGCGCGACUAGACUCAGUAGUCGACAGUCAGUAGCCAGUUGCCAGUUGCCAUACGUAAGGCGAAUUUUA